AUGCGCCCCAUAAGCUCAAGCUCGUACACCUCUGCUCCUUUUCGCUCUCCCUCCACAUGUUCUCUGCCACAACAAAGUAGAAAAUUCCGACCGUUGCCACUCGUUCCAACUCCUUUGUCUAUAGCUAUAGCCACUGAGGAUAGCGAUUCAUCACGCCCCUCCUCACCACGGCCCCUCCCUGUACCUCCCACCUAUUCCUCACAACCCUCCUCACCUUCACAGUCACCCCUGUCAUCACCCCUGACUCCAUAUAGUUCGCGUUCACUCUCGCUCUCGUCUAAUACACCCCGUGGGCCCAAUUCAACACGUUCCGACCUCCUCACUCCGCUAAAGAUACCUGUGCUCUGUCGUUCGUCUUUAUCAUCUGUAUCCACUGGCCAAACGCUGGUCACCCCAAUCAGUCCCGCGUGUCCUUCGCCAUUCACGACGAAGCGCAGACGGUUCUCCAAGCUUCGCCGGCAUUUUGGCGAAGCACCGCCUUAUGACCUUGUUUUUCCGUCCGAUGGCGGACCCGCUGGUGUCUCUUGUCCUGAUACAACGUCCGAAGGCAUCGUUGACAUCAAGCCUCCAUCUCAUCAUCCAUGCUAUGAAGGAGGGCAGAACAUUGAUGUGGGUAACGAUGGAUGUGAGGGCGAGAGCGAGAGCGGGAGUGGGAGUGACGGGGGAAAUGACGAAGAGCACGGGGACGAGUGUUGUGAGAUGGGCUAUGUACUGGAAUGUGCGAACGAAGCACCGCAGUGCACGACUAAACGGUUCAGCGCGAAAUGGGUGCAAGAAAAAAAGGGACGACGUUAUACGGAGAAAGACUACGACGGUCUCCUUCAUCGCUUGAGGAAGCUCUGA